GCCCCCUUCUGUCUGUACUCCUACAUAAAGCAAUGCGCGGUGCGCUCGGCGAUGAGUAGCAUGAGUCUCCACGGGAAAGUCGCUCUGGUCACCGGCGGCGCGCAAGGCAUCGGAAGAGCCGUGGUGGAACAUCUCCUGGAGAAUGGGGCGAAGGUUGCACUGGUAGACCUGAACCAAUCUGUUGGAGAGGAAUGUAAAAGUGAUCUAGAUGGCCAGUUUGGAGAGGAUAACUGUAUUUUUAUCCAGUGUGACGUGACAAACGCGGGGAAACUUAAAGAAGCCUUUCAAAACACAGUAAAGAAAUUUGGUCGGUUGGAUAUUGUCAUCAAUAAUGCUGGAAUCAACAAUGAGAAGAAUUGGGAAAAAACCAUUGAAGUAAACUUGACAUCUGUCAUACAGGGGACAUAUUUAGCACUAGAACACAUGAGUAAAGAGCAUGGAAAAGAAGGAGGUGUUAUCAUCAACGUUUCUUCUAUGGCAGCAUUUCUCCAUUCUCCUCACCAGCCAGUAUACACAGCGACAAAGCACGGGGUGAUUGGAUUUUCAAGAGCAAUUGCAGACGCAUCUGAACAGGGCAAUUAUGGAGUGAGGAUCAACACACUGUGCCCAGCCUUCGUGGACACCCAACUCCUGCGCACUGUGGAGCACGAGGAAACAAUGGGCAAGUUUGUCAAGUACAAAGAUGAAUUCAAGCAAAGGAUGGACAAGUAUGGCAUUCUUAAACCAUCUCUGAUUGCAGAAGGAAUGCUGCGAAUCAUAACAGAUGAAAGCCUAAACGGAGCUGUGAUGAAGAUCACCUGUUCUAAAGGCAUUCACUUCCACACCUAUGAGCCUCUUUCAGCUUGAUAGUGAUGCCUUCAUUAAACAUGUCUGUCUUUUUUUUUCCUCCUCUCCUACUAGUAUUUGGGCCUCUUUCUAAACCGGUUUUAUUUUUUUGUAAUGGCCUUGAACAUUAAUUUGUAUGUAACUGCUUUAACUGUGAGUAAUUGGUUUUGAGAGAAAAAAAUAUUGUAUUUAUUAAUAACUCAGUUACUGUUUUAUGUCUAUCUUACCUCAAUAUUAUAAACCAACGAUUCAUACAAUUUUUGUAUAUGUUUUGUAUAAUAUUUUAGAUAUAUGGAUAUCUUUGUGACAAAGAGAGUGUCUUUUAUUAUUUAUACCUUAUGUAUAAAUCAAAGAAUAAACUU